AUGGAGCACCGCGGCGCCUCCCCGCGCAUCCUCGCCCUCGCCCUCCUCAGCGCCCUCUGCUGGCGGGUGCGGGCGCUGCCCCCACGCGGCGCCGCCUUCCCCCCGCUCCCGCGAUUGGGAAACAGAGUGUCAUUUGAUGGAGCCAGUGAACCUGACCAUGCCCAUGGGUCAUUUAAAUCUGAAUCAGAUAUUUUACAGAACACACUACCUGAAAAUGAGAAGUUCUAUUUUGAUCUGUCCAGAAUUAUUGAUAGAAAUGCAAGGCAUGCUGAUGGAAUUUUCACCAAUGUCUACAGCCAACUUUUGGCUAAACUUGCUGUGAAGAGAUAUCUGCAUUCGCUUAUUAGAAAACGAGUUAGCUCUCAGGACAGUCCUGUCAAACGUCACUCUGAUGCUGUCUUCACUGACAACUACAGCCGCUUUCGAAAGCAAAUGGCUGUGAAGAAAUACUUAAACUCAGUUUUAACUGGAAAAAGAAGCCAGGAAGAGCUAAACCCUGCUAAACUUCGAGAUGAAUCAGAACUUCUUGAGCCUUCCUUUUCAGAAAACUAUGAUUCUGCAGAUGAGCUGCUGAGCCACCUACCACUGGACUUCUGAAGGACACCUGGUAAAGUCUAUGACAAGAACAAGCUAUUUUUUGAGUUCCACGUAGUAUUUCAAAGAGAUGACUUCAGUCACCAAAC